GAAUUUCUUUGAAAGUUUACAAGGUGAAAUUGUAGUAAAUAACAGUGUCCAAACUAAGUGAACCCGCGAUUAAGCAUAAUGAAGGAUAAAGAUACGAAUUGCUAUAUGAAGUACGUAUGGGAUUUACGUAUUUACGUAUACACAUGUAAUGAGGCUUGCCAAUCGCUCAAUGAUCCGUAAACUUAUCAAUUGGAACGAAUCGUGGAAAACGAUGAGAUUUUGUUUUAAUCGCUCGGCAAUUGCGAUUUGCCUCAUUUGGCAAUUUGACUCGUACGGGUCACUGAUUUUGUGACGGUAUUUAGACAUCGAUUGAAAUUUAGUGAACGAGUUAGAGUACCGGAAGCGGAAGAGGAACAUUGGUCCUGAAUGUCGGAGAAAGACAAGGGCCAGGACCACGAAGCUUAUACGAAAUUGUCCCUCCCGAAAUUCUUGGAGGGCGAAGAGGAUGCGGAGGUUACUUGGGAAAUUAUUACCAAGAGAUAUCCUAACCUUGCGCCACUUCUGCGCGAAAUGGAAACAGCCAUAAGUCGUGCCGAAAGUCUUCUGCAGGAGCUCAAGUCUCCUUACACCCAUAUACUUGGAAGUUCCAGCACCCUUCAGAUAUCCGAUUCCAUGGAGGAGAUUUACCCAGAUCGAAUUUUGAGUUCAUAUCAGUCUCAAGGAGUACAGGAGGAUUUUCACGAAAAAGAUGUUUCCGAGACGAAUGACGCGAAGAUACAAGUAAACGAGGAGUAUCUAGUCCCUGAGGAAGACGUCCAUAGCGAAUUCAUAACCUCAAAAUCCAUUGAGAAGGUCUACGUCGAGGAGGAAGAGAUUAAAGUAAUUACGCCCGAAGUCUCCGUUCAAGAUGAAUCAGAGGAUACGAAACAAAGAGAAGAUGAUGGUAAAAAAUCUGUGAGAAAUAUUGAAGAUAGUCCGAGGAUCUUUGCAUCAGGAGAUGACGAGCGAUCAACAAAGAACGACAGAAACGCUAAAAAUACUUCCGGCCUUGAAGGAUGGGCCAAAGUGGUGGAUGAGGGGGUUAUGCACAGUCUUUAUCCAACUACGGAGAGCGCUUUUAUACUGGACAAAGAUCAGGACGAUCAUCGUGCGUUCCUCGCUUCUGCUGAUGAGAAAAGAGAAGAUUCUAAGGAGCUCGAGAAGAAGUGUUUUUCAUCGAAAAAUAAUCCCCUGCACCAGGUAAUCACUGUGCAGGAUAUUCAAGAGGAAGAUCCUGCAUUGAGACGUGUCAAAACAAUUUCUACACUCAGCAAAGUAGUUGAUACGAGCAAACACAAUGAUGCUGAACUGAAAGCUUAUGAGAAAAAUCUCAUAAAAGGAACUAUCAAUGAACCGGAAGUCUUAUUAUCGGUUACCGAAAGUGAACCGGAUGGAGAAUUUAAAGAUCAAAGUCCAGGAAGAAUGAAAAAUUCAAAAACCAAUGAGAUAGAUACUCAGGGCAGUGGGGAUGAAUCCAUCACUAGCAGUGAUUCGGCCAGUCACGUUGUUAAAUUAUAUAGACUCUGCGAAAAGGAAAAAGCUCCGGAACCGAUCUUCAUCGUAAACCAAAAAAUGAUUCUAGGUGGUUUGAAAUACAAUGUGACGUGUAAAGCACUCGGCCUCAUUUCUCGUGGUUCUGGAUCAAGCGUAGUGGAUGCUAGAAGAAAGGCUGCCAAAGCUCUGAUUCAAAAGCAUCGUAAAAUUUCCAAAAAUCCUUCCAGCAAAAACUAAUUAUUUAUCACUCCUACUAUAUCUAUAUAUUUACAUACAAAU